AUGAACAGGCGGAAUUUGGAAGAGCGAUCGGGACUUGUUGGCAGCAAGUCUCCGCCAACCGACGAAUGCCUGCUCCGUAGCAGCAGCACAGCAAGAAGAACAAAAUCAAGAAGCAGCAGCUGCUGCUGCUGCUGUCGGAGACGUAAAUCGUAUUGUCUCUCCUCCGCGUCAAGCUGGGGUUGCAGCAUCAAUGAUGAUAACAACCAUGACAAUACCAAUGCUGUUCGGACGGCGAAAAUCACGGCGGCAGCAGGAGGAGGAGAAAGGUUGAAUAAUGGCGGUGGCAGUGAGGUGAAUGAGUGGCCUAGGAUUUACAUUCCGCUUUCAAGAAAGGAAAAAGAAGAGGAUUUUCUAGCAAUGAAAGGGACCAAGCUUCCUCACAGACCCAAAAAAAGGCCCAAAACUAUUGAUAGAAUACUCCAGUAUUGUUUUCCUGGGAUGUGGCUUUCUGACCUGACCAGAGGUCGAUAUGAAGUUAGGGAGAAAAAGUGCCCCAGAAAGCAGAAGCGAAGGGGACUGAAAGGAAUGGAGAGCCUGGAAAGCGAUUCCGAAUGAAAAUUUUCUUUAAACAUCAAUGGAGAUGAUGAAUGCCAAGUCAAGAGUCUCCAACUUCAUCACAUUUUUGCCUCUGCUUGCCGAGCCAAUGUUGGAAUAGCUCAACAUACAUUCCUUGGCUGCUGGGAUUCCUCCCAUCAGCAGGCAGACAAUACCAGGAUUUGAUGGAUGCAGAAAAUGAUUUCCAACCAGAGAUUUCCACCCUGGACCUCGCCAAAUUCUUGUUCUUGAUGAUCACUUGUAUUGAUAUACUCUAUUCUACGGCCGAUUUUGCUACCUAACUCAUUUGGCCAGCUACCCUAUAACUACCAGAGCAAGGUCCCGGGGGGGAAUAUAAGCCAGCUAUUUCGGUUUUGUUGUCACCAUCAUCAAACACUCUUAAUUUGCUUCUGUACAAAUCAGCUGCCUUGCCUUAUUUCUUCUUAUCUUGGUUUCUAUGUACCCUUAGAAUUGGUUCUUUCUAUCUAAAGACUCUGCCCCAUUUUAUUGGUUCUUUCACAUUUUAAAACAAGAUUAACUUUCAUCUUUA